CACUCUUUGGAAUUUCUAAUAUCUCUAUGAUUUAAAUGGUUCACUAGUUCAGUGUUGUUUCCCAUAUAAAUUAACUACUAAAACAAAUAUUAUGGGAGAAAAAAACGUGAAAAGCUAAUUAAUUACUAUAACAAUUUUUUAUACAUCUCCAUUUCAUUUUUGAAUUGCCCAUCAUCUUCCUUUCUUUAUUUCCACAUUUGGCUUCUUCAUCUACCAAUAUUAAGUCACUCUUUGGUUUUUUUAUUUAUUAGUAUAGUGUCGUUUUCAUCCCUAUUUCUCUCUGUGGGAUUUGAAGGCGUGCAAUUUUUAAAAGAGUUUCAAUUUUUAUUUACUUUGCUUCUCCUUACCGCUUUUCCUUCCCACUCGAAUUAGAAUCUUCUACAAUUAUACAAAAAUUCCCUACUAUAUUUAUACAUAUCAAAUAAAAAGUCAUCCCUAAAUAAAUCAUCCUAAAACAAAAAUUACCAUCAUAAAUACACCACUAUAUAAAUGAAUCAAAUAUCCAUAAAAAACCAUAACAAUCCAAUAGACCACCUCGCGGCAAAGCGCGAUCACUUUCUGGUUAAUAAAAAAAACACUUUGAUAGUUGUUGGAUGAGGAAGAGUAUUAAAUAAUUACCCCCGCUCUGCCAAUAUUUUGUUUAGGCUAUAAUUUGUCUAUUAUACGUUUAGAAUUGUUGUAAAUUUAGCAAAAAGAAGGUGGAAAAAAAAACAAUGAACGUAUUCGAUGAGGACAAUUAAUUUUCCUCGGUUCUUCAAGAUCCAGGUUCAAUUGUAGGAGGUUGCUAAUAUUUAUUAUUUUAUUUUUUACUUCUUCCUAAUAAUUUAUUCUUUAAUUGAGAAGCAACAAUAUUCAUUUCCCGGCAAGAUACACACGUCAAAUAUGCAAUAUAUAUGCGAACUUCAAUAUUACUAGAUAUCUUCUACCUGAUAAUACAUAUAAAGAAAUGACAUAUAAAAAAAUAUUCUUAGGUCACUCUCCACAUAUUGAGUUUAAUAUUGUUCUCACGCCCUCUCUGUGAUUAGUUUUGGGUUAUAUAUGAAAAAGUAAAAAUAAAAAAACCUCUCAUUUUUUCGUUGCUAGGAAUCCUCUCGUUUUUUGGGUUAUAUAGUAAAAGUCUAAAUGUGACGAAUCUGAAAGCAAUCCACUAAAAAAUUCAACUUAAUUAUCCAAUUUAAUUUAGUCCUUAUAAUUUUAUAACUUAAUUAUCAAAUUUAAGAUUUUAAUGAAAGGAUUCUUCAAAAUUAUGUUUUGGAAAGUUUGACCUUAAAUCUGUCAAUAGACAGUGCUGGUGCUUACAUGCUAGCUACUGUUAUCUGUCUUAAGUUUCCUUUUCUCCUGUGCAUUUGGAUUUUGUUUCAUUUGGCGUGGAAUUUUGUACUCUUUAUUCUUUGCCCCUGUGCAUUUGGAUUUUGUUUCAUUUGGCAUGGAAUCUUGUACUCUUUAUUCUUUGCCUUGGUUUAUUUAAUGAAAUGAUAUCAUCUUCAGAAAAAAAUGUUUUGUCACCUAAUAUUUUACAAUAAUAUUUAAUGAAAUGAUAAAUUAAACCGCAUUUGAUUGCUCCUUCCUCCUGUAUAUGCCUAUAUGGCUCAAUAUAUGCCCAAAGAGGCAAUAUAUAGAAAUAGUAAACAAAAAAGAUCGUACGAAAUUAAUUAGGGCUAAUACCACUACAACAAUCGAACUAUCACAAAAAUGCUAUUGUGUCCUAUUGUAUCAAAUAUUUCAUUUAUGUCUUGAGCUAUUUUUCUGUUAAAGUUGACUUGUUUUUAUCGUUAAUUUUUAACAGAAAGUAUAGUCAACAUUAAUGUGGCACAUGACGUGGAAUUUGAAUUUAUAUUUAUUUAAUAAAAUAAUUAAAAUAAAAAACAACGAACAAAAAAUAAAAACGUUCCAUCUCGACCAUUCAUCCCGUCGGCCCUUUCUCCCCGUUCACCCUUCCCGGCACCUGCUGCUACUCUGUUCAACAACGAUAGCAGCACCAUGCUCCUGCAAUCAUCUCCGAUUUCUUCACCGGAUGGAGUCUCUUCCUCACUCACAAGCAAGUUCAUGAUGUGUAGGGAGGGGGUGUCCCUGCACACCCUUGGAUUAGAUAUUUCUCUUUUAUUAUAUAGUAGGUUGUUUGCAAUGGACCUUGAAUAUAGAAGGUUAUUUCUUGUACUUAAUUAUUUCCACCAUCAAACUAAAUUAAAAUAAUCAGUAAACAGCAAGCACAGAGUUCAUAAGCCGCAAAACUAAGUUGUCGUCGCCUAUGCACAAUGUAAAGAGUCUAGUGAAGAAAAAGAGACGUAAAUUAUCUUCAAUUAUAUAAACGAUAUCAUCGUUUGUACACGACUAAAAUAAAAUUCAUAUGUGAUUAACUCAAUUUUUAAAUCUCUAAUAUUUUAUAGAUAAUUGUUAACUCUAAAUUGUGGGGACUCCUAACCUCCCACAACACCACUAUGCGUCCAAUAUCUAACUAUCAACUCAAACGUGGUUACUAAGUCGUUCACUCUACCAUCUCAUUCCAAUCGAUGUUACUCCGCUAUCCAUAAUCACUACAGUGACUUUAACGUAACUCCCCAUGGAUCGAAUGAUAAGGAAAAUCAUGAAUAAUUUGGUAGGAUAUAUUCACAAUUUGGUAGUUUAUAUGAAGAACAUAUAUUUCAAAAUUUAUAUAUGUAGUGGAAAAACGUUAUGAGUCACUACACAGGAUUAAUGAUUUCUCAUAAGAUAUAUUUAUUUUAAUUAAGAAAAUUGCACCUCCUUGCGUAAAAUCCUGGCUAUGCCACUGGUCGUCGCGAUAGAAAGAAGUUGGCGAUCUCGGCCUGAGGAGGACGCUCGGCGGCUAUUGGCGGCGACGGAAGCGAGGGAGAGCGAGCUUCUUCAACAAACCCGUUUGCAGCGACAAGAUACCAGGUUCGUCACCUUAUCCUUAUGGAAUCUGGUUGCGAUUUCUAGGCUUUGCCGAUUGUGUUGUCGAGGGGUUAGGGGUUAGGGAGGGAAUUGCCGGUGAGCUUUUAUGAGUUCUUACCAAUCUUGUAUACUUCUUCUGUUUGCUUUUUUAUUUAUGAAUCACCGCAUGACAGUACUAAAUCCUAUCGAUACAAUAGUCAAUUCUUCAUUUUCCUAUAUUGGUCCUUCAUGUAUGCUGAACCUGCUGAUAGUGCAUUUAUUCCUUCCAUGUGAAUCCUUGACUAGGAUGCUUGAUAGUUCUUUGUUUUAACUAUUCAAAGAUGUCCACCCACAGCUUUAUUUCGAUUGAAUCUUUAGAUAUGUUAAUAUAAUAAAUUAGGGACAAUGUCUACGAUUGGAAGAAUGGUUUCUAGUAACUUAGGAGUCUAUGUACUUACUUUAGUACAAACUCGUUUAAUAUGAUGAUUUGGGGGUUUAGGUAGAAGGAGUUUCUCAUGGCUCUUUUGUGUCAAGUACUGGGAUUGACAUGAUUGAUCUGUGUUGAACUUGGGGUGGAAAUGGAACCACUGUAAAAUCAAGAGGUCUGCCCGAAGCUAUGUUUUAGUGUAGGUUGUUGUAGGGUACUUCUUAUCAUUUUGGUUUUUGUUAUUUUGUUUGUUCAACAGCUAUGAACGAGGAUUGGGAUAAUGGGUUUUUGCUUUUUUGUUAUUUUUUGGAUGGGAUGAUACAUUAUCUUAGGUCUAGUUCUGCAUUAUCUUUAUACCAAAUCACCUGGUUGUCUUGCAGGAUGGGGAGAAAGAGGCAUGCUGGUGGAGAUAAGGAUGGAGCAACCUCCAAAAAGUACUCAUUUUGGCCCGAGAAGCUUGACAGGCCUUUGGUCAAAUGCAUUUUGGAGCUGGUGGAGAAGGGACUCAUUGUGAAUGGCAACUGCAAAAAUGGCGGAUAUGCAGCACUCGAAAAGAUGUUGGAACAGAAGGUACUAGACUGUGGCGUUAGGGGAAGACCCCAUAUUGAAGGACGGAUUAAGAAGUUAAAAAAACUGGCAGGCUGUCACAUUCAUGAGGAAUCAAAGUGGAUGGAGGUGGGAUGAGCCGAUGAGGUAAACAAGUGUGUCACAUGCCCUGAUGGGAAAUGGGAUGAUUUUGAACUAGUGCGUAUGCAUAUAUUUUGAUCGUAGGGGAAAUUAAUUAGUGAUUCUCUACAUUAGGCAACUAUGAUCGACAGACUCAUGACAGAAUUCAGCAAUAAACUUAUGAUAGAAUCGUAUUAACUUUAUUUUUUUGUGAGCAGUUAAAUGAAUACAUACAAUCUUCUCAUAUAUAUUACAUAAAGUUUUGGACCAAAGUCUUCGUUAUAAGGGCACAUAUAAAUUAUCUUUAUUAUAGCUCACUAGUUACUUGACCCGCGCUUCGCGGCGAUAAUUAGCUUUUCUAUAUAUGUUAGUUUACCACAAUCUUUAAGUGAUGAUUUUUGGAAUGGUCCAUGCUUCACAAUAGUAUAUUGAGUUGUUUUUACGAUGAGGCUAAUAGUAUAGAAGAUUGAUCUCCAGUUGAAUUUGAAGAUGCACAUAAGUUGAUUUGGUUGCCUACAAUAAACCUUCUUUCUGUAAAAGGGAAAUGUCCAGUACAAUUCAAUGGGGGAAAAAAUGUCUAGAACAAUAAUGCUAUAGAAUUCUAAGUUGGAAAGUGAGGUAAGUUAGAGUCAGGUUGCAAAUAAGCGUGGAAACCAAAAAAAAUAACAUAGUCCUUCAAAAACUAUUUAGGCAUUUGCAAAACAGAGGCUUCCAAAAUAUUUAACAUACCGCGAGUGUUCAAAAUUUGCAAAGUAUUUAUGGGUUAUUAAAUCUCAUCAUUGUUUUGGAAUACACAUUACUUAGUUAAUAGAAUUAUUAAUUUUAAGUGGUAUGGUAUAUGACAAAUAUAAGAGGUGAACAAUAUGAACUGAAUUUAAAAUGAACUCAUAACUGUAAAUAAAAUUGGCCUAACAUUGGGGAGUUUCCGUUAUCUUAUUAAAAAAUAACUUGAGCCACAUAACUAUGAAGAUGUAUUUUUUUGCAACUUCACAAUCCGGCAUAACUGAAAAGGAGAAUAAUACUGAAAAUGCAAUACGCUUCAGAGAAAGUAGAAAACAAAGUGUGCUGAGAACAACUUUUAGGAUUUUGCUACGGUGACAUGCAUGUCACGGUGACAUGCACUUUUCGGUCGACCUCAUACAAUGGUUACAACAUAAUCAAUGCACAUAUGUAAGUUGCAUUUAAUUGGUUCAGUUCAUUCGACAUGCAACACCCUUAACUUGGUUCAGCAACAUGUAAGGGAGAAGGAUGUUCUAGCUGACUUAGUUAUGCACCAAAAAAGGUUUAAGCUUAAACUGACUUAUUCCCAGACAAUAGAAGUUGUGUCCACACUUUCUAAGAUAUAGCAAGGUAAAAGUAAGAUAGUUUAUCUGCAAAAUAUACGUUAGGAUGGGUGUGUAGAUAGAAAAAGACUCCAGACAGUAGCUAGCUUAGCUGUGUACAUUUAAGUGGUUUUUGUCACAAUUUGGAGAAGUAGAGCCUUAUAUCCGUCACUGAAUCCUUCAAAUGCUCCCCAUACCCAGCUGAGGUUGCCUAACUACACACUAUGAGUCUUUAUAAUCCUUCAGGCCCAUUAAGUUGAAAUAUGUCCCCACAAAUUGAUACGGAGAAUGGUAGUCCUCCGAAUUGCAUUGAUUUUCUAAAUCCAUAAACAACUUAAGCAAGAAAAUCAAAUCACUCAUUCUAGUGGACUUUAAUACUUACAAAUGGCAGAUAGUUGCUGCAAGAACUCACUUUGAAAGGUAAUCGCUCCUUGGUACUCCAAUACACCUUUGUUGCCAUCUCCAAGUUUUUCAACGCCUAGAAAAAGCAUUUCAUGAUGUUGUAAUCAUAACCAAAAUCAAUUUCAGACCCCUAAACCAAACAAAAUUCUGGUGCAAUAGCAGGCGUACAAUAUAUUUUUCAAAACAUU